AUGACGAUCAAAGGACUUGACGGAGCCGCCAACUCGGCCGCAGCAGCUCACAAGCCUGCCCACUUCAAGCUCGAGCACCUCAUCCGACCCAACAUCCUCUCGCUCGAACCGUACCGAUGUGCACGCGACGACUACCAGUCCGGUAUCCUUCUCGAUGCCAACGAGAACAGCCUGGGCCACUCUCUUCCGCCCAAAUCGGUCAUCCCUCACAACCCUGGAACAUCGAACGGUGCGGCCACGCCCGUUGCGGCGGCCGAGGCAGACGACCCGCUUUCGCUCAACCGCUACCCGGAUCCGGGGCUGUUUGGGAUCAAGGACUCGUUGGCUCAGCUGCGCGAUGUGCCCAACGAUGCGUUUGUCUUCCUGGGUGUGGGAAGUGAUGAGGUGCUCGAUCUGGUGCAGCGCGUGUGCUGCCGCCCCGGUAAGGACAAGAUCCUCAUCUGCCCGCCUACCUAUGGCAUGUACAGCGUGUGUGCGGCUGUCAAUGAUCUCGAGGUAGUCAAGGUGCCGCUCGUAACGGAAGGCGGCAAGUUUGCGUUGGACGUAGAGGCUAUCAACAAGAAGCUCAGCGAAGAUCCGGAUAUCAAGAUCACGUUCAUUUGCUCUCCCGGCAACCCAACCGGCACCCUGAUCCCACCAAGCGACGUUCGGAAGGUGCUCGACAAUCCCAGCUACAAGGGGCUUGUCGUGGUCGAUGAAGCGUACAUUGAUUUUGCUGAAGAGGAAAAGCGAAUGGGCAAACGACCCGCCGACGACGUGGUCAGCGCCGUCAGUCUGGUGCACGAAUACCAGAACGUGAUGGUAACACAGACGCUCUCCAAAGCGUUCGGUCUCGCCGCCAUCCGACUGGGCAUCGCCUUUGCCCAACCCGCCCUGGUCCAGAUCAUGAACAACACCAAAGCACCCUACAACAUCUCUUCGCCCACCGCCCACCUGGCCUCCCUCGCCCUCUCCCCCACCGGCAUCGCCCAGAUGCGCUCAAACGUCCAGACGCUCAUUCGCAACCGCGACUCGCUCAUCUCGGCGCUCCAGACGUUGCCCGGAGCCGGCGCGAUCCUGGGUGCCAACGAGGCCAACUUUGUGCUCGUCCAGAUGCUGGAUCUCGAGACGCGCUCCAAGCCGGACAACAGCGUGGCGCAGAUGGUGUACAAGAGGAUGGCCGAGGAGAUGGGGCUGGUUGUGAGGAACAGGGCUAAGGAUCUGGGGUGUGACGGUUGUUUGAGGAUCACUGUUGGUACGCAAGAGGAAAAUGAGCGAUGUAUUGAGUUGAUGAAGGGUUUACUGCAAGGCAGCAAGUGA